AUGUCUCGAAAGAGUCAAGAAGAAAUGCUUAUGGAAUGGCUAGAGAUUCCACUAAGCAGUGAUGACGAUCUUGAGUGUUUCUUUGACGAUUCCAUUCAAGAUGAGACAUAUGUUGCUCCAGAAUCUGUUGAUUGUGAUAGUGACAGUAGUGACGAAGAAAGUCAAGUACCAGUAAUUAGGACUGAAGAUGUUUCUGGAACAAGACAAUCUGAUGUUAUAAUGAAGGAAUCGACGUCACAGUUGUCUGAUAAUGCUCUGAAACUGCCAUGCAGCAGCAAAAAUGUUACCAAAAACAGCAGGAGUGUGGUUUGGAAAGAUAAACAGUUGAUUAUUCCCGAACUGCAGUCAAAAUGUCAUGGCAAUACUUCGUUACCAGAAGAAGUAGUAAACUUAAAUACUCCAUACCAAUUCUUCAAACAUAUAUUUCCAUCUAAAUUGUUUGAUCUAAUUGUCGAAGAGUCUCAUAGAUACAGUGUGCAGUGUAAUCCUGAUAGACUAAUAGAUUUAUCCUGUGAUGACAUAAAAAAAUUUAUAGGCAUCUGUCUCGUAAUGUCAAUAGUUCAUGUACCUAAUACGGGGGAUUACUGGGGAGAAGUUACUGGUACUCAUCUGAUCAAGACAACAAUGACAGUGAAUCAGUAUGAGCAAAUACGUAAGUUUCUUCACUUCAAUGACAACAGUGCAAUGAUACCCAGGGGUGAAAAAGGUCAUGAUAGACUCUUCAAGAUAAGACCCAUAAUAGAAUUGAUGAGAUCUCGGUUUCAAACAAUACCUGUUGAGGAGUGUGUUUCUAUUGAUGAACAGAUAUGUUCAACAAAGGCUAGAAGUUAUUUGAAACAAUACAUGCCAAACAAGCCUCAUAAAUAUGGAUACAAAUUAUUUGUUAUUAGUGGCAUAUCUGGUUAUGCCUACGAUUUUGAGAUUUUCACUGGAGAUGAAAAUGACCAGAAAAAAGAGUGA